CGUUUGCGCGGGCAAAAUACAAACGCAAGGAAAGGAAGGACACUGGUUGGAACGUGUUUGUGCAGCAGCAAAGAUGGUGGUGGAAGCACGGCGACGUCGGCGCGAGGAUGACGAUGAUGAUGACGAUAAUGAUUGUGGCGGGCAGACUGAACAACAGCAGGUGGUAGAAGGUGAGGAGGAGCAUGAAGGUGGGGAAGACGAGGAAGACGAUGAAGAUGAAGAAAAAGGUGGCACAUUGCAGGAAGACGAGGAGGACACGGAGGCGAUGCCUGCGGUGGACACUGCCGAUGACGGUGAUGGUGGCGCUGCUGCUGCUGCUGCUGAAGAAGAAGAAGAAGCAGAAGAAGAAGAAGGUGUGCAGGGGCGAAAGCACCACCGGUUGACGCAGCGGGGUCGUGGGCCAGAGAACGUUGAAGUCGUUGGAGACUUUGCCACCUUGAAGAAGAGAACGCGCGAUAUGCUUCGCACAGGACACAAGGCCAGCCCUCUUCUUCGCCCCAUCUUCAGCCAAGACAACGCCGCCUUUGACGAAUCACCGCGCGGGGACUCGUUUCGGGAGAGCGUUUGCUUGUUUCUGAUGCAGCUGAUUGAGGACCCUGGGCUGCACGCGACGCUGUGCUCGGACCUGCUGGACGUGCUGAUGGUGGGCGUGGACUCGCUCAGCGGCGACGGGUUGGUGGCCGUGUGCACGCAAAUCCUGCGCGCCGUCAAGGCAGCCAACGGGAACGAAAUCACCCAAAACUCGACCACGGCGACGCCCAUGUCCCCCAACAACAAGCCGUCGCCGUCCAAGCGCAGGGGCACGCAGCCGCGCACGGGCACGGGCAAGGUGUUUGAGCUCAUGCCCAAGGCGCUGUCUCGCCUGGAGACGCUGGACGCCAUCACGGGCGAGCUGGACACGGGCAACGCGUUCAAGUCGUUCUUCCUGAACCGGCUGUGCAACAUGCCGUGGCCACCGCAGCACGUGCUGCCGAUUGCCGACGCCUUCAAGACGGUCAACUUUGACGCGGACCAGUUCAAGUUUGCCGCUGCCAAGCUGGUGCGGUCGCUGCACGAUGUGGCCACGGAGGAGGUGCCACCGCUCGUGUACCAGCUCCUGUUGCUCUCUGCCAAGGGCCAGCGCGCCGUCAUUCUGCAGGGGGUGCUUGCGUUUUGUGCGGCGCAGUCGUCAGCGGCGGUGCAGGCGCCGACGGCUGCGCUUCGCCACGCCCUCACUCAGGCCCAAGGCACCGUCCUCAUGCACAUCUCCUUUGCCGUCAAGCAGGACCAGGACCUUGGACGAGAGCUGUUGAAACUGAUCAAGGCGGAGGCAAGCGUGUCACCGUUUACUGUUGCCGCUGCCCUCUGUCUUCUCACCGUUCCCCGGUUUGAACAGACCGUGCAGUCCGUAUUCAUGAACAUGACCACGAAGCACGCUGCGACGCAGGACCGCCUGUGUCGUGCCGUCUGGCUCGCGCCAUUCUGCAAGCAGAGCCUUGAUCCACUCCGCACUUUCAAGACUGUGGUCAACGGGACCGCCAACGGCUGGGACUACAUCACCGCCCCGCUGCUGCGCCUCUGCUUCUACUUCCUCGACUCUGUCAAGAGCGCGGGUGUGAGUGUGGGUGUGAGCAGCGCUGUUGCCUCCACGGCACAAGCCGCUGUCACGGCCACAGCCACGACUGUGUCGGCAGCAGCUGCAUCAACAUCAACAGCCAUGCCUGCGUCCCUGCUGUCUUCAAAGGGGAGAGUGGGCGACCAGUUGCGUGCAGAUAUUGCGUCAGCUGUCAUUUCAAAGGCGUUUGGAAUGCAUUCGUCCGCGCGAUCGUAUGUGAUUGACGAAAUGAUUUCCCGCAUCAUCACGCGUUCCUCCCCAAACAUCAACGGCUACCUCGCCCUCUUCUCCAGGCUCAUUCGUGCGCACGUGCACGAUUUCGGCGAUUUCACGGAAAAGCUGCGGGAUGUGCUCGACUAUCUCGUGUUUCUUCCCUCGGACCAGAGCACAGCCAUUCUGCAGGCGCUGCUACCGCUUGUGACGACGACGGAGCGGCUGAAGGAGGCGUGUAUCUUGGUGCUGCGCAAAGCGCUCUUCAACCGCUGCAUCGACGCCCGCAUGACAGCCGUCCGCGGAUUCCUCCUCCUGCUCCAAUCGUUCCACGAUCCCAUUCUGUGCACAGAGAUUACCACAUCGCUGCGCCGCUGCUUCUCGCAGCAGCUCGCUGUUCGCCAGCUUCUCUACCAGGUGAGCGCCGCCACUGCGUGCGCAUCGCCCUCCACCGCCCCCGCCAUCGCCGACCUCCUCGACAACCAGCGUGUUCGUCUGCUGCGUCAGACGGACGGCGAGUCCGGUCCCCCGUUUAUCAUGGCGUCCAUUGUCAACGACAAGGCAGACGCGAAUCACCAAACGGACUCCAUUGGCGGUCUCAUCAACGCGCUACAUACCCUCUCCACCAUCAAAGAGGUGUCGGAGACACACCUGUCGUCGUUCCUGUCGCAGUUUGUGGCGAAGAUGCUGAAGAGCGAUCUGGAGGACUUUGAAAUCGACAAAGCCGCAGAUUUUAGCGACGCCAGCAGUGGUCCCAGUGCACGGAACACGGCUGCCGCGCAUGCGCUGAUUGAGUGUUAUGACGCGUGCAUCAACAUUGUCGUUCAGAACGAGUUUACGCUCGAGCGCUGCCAGCACAUUGUCACCCUCCUCAGAAAGCGACAGACGGUGUGUGAUUUGCUGAAGGAAGGCAACCGCAAGCGAAAGGCGACAGACCGCUGCCUUAUCUCCAUGCAGACGCUCUCUCGUGUCUUCUCGUUUAUCCUCAUCAACACAGACCCAGACGACGCGGCGCCGCAAGCAAUCCUGACAAGCAAAGUCUUCCCCAUGCAGUUCUUCCUUUACGCAUCUGCACAUCUUUUGUCACAGAAUGCAAAGAGUGCAGACGCCGUGCAGAUUGUUAGCAUGCUGCUGCGAGAGAGCGCGCGCUCGCUCGCGUCAUCACCGCUGGCCAAGCUGUAUGACGACAAGAAGAACAAGGUGACUAUAGCGAGUAUACCAGCUCUUGUGGAGAUUUGCUCUCUGAUUGUGUCCAAGUAUUCACAGGGCUCCGUCACGCUUGCCGCCAAGCUGCAUGCAUUUCUCUCAAACCUGUGCGAAACAGGAGACACAAUGGAGGACUCUUCCAUUGUUAAGGCCGUGUGCCAGCAGCUGCUUGAAGCGGACAACUAUGGCGAUGUCGCAUUCAAGCUGACGCUGGAUGCACAACAGCACCUGGGGUUCAUGCGCCUUGAUGAGGCGGAGGAUGAUGAACAAGCAACGCUGCACUAUCACAUCGUCUCAAAGCGCGUGUGCGAAACAGCCGUCAUCCCCGUCCUCCUCGCAGACGACUGCGAUCGGCGGUUGGCAGACAUCAACUUUGCCAUCGAUCAGUACACGUUGCUCCUCAAGUCCAACGCAGCGAUGGAUGUGAAUACGGAUGAAUCGCAGCCCGAGCUGCCGUGCGAGGAUCCCUUGUACGAACGCCUUCUUCGCAUCACAAAGACCAUCAAGGAAAUGUUGCGGACCGUGUUUGAAGGCCGCGCAACGUGGCUGCGGUUCUUCAAGACAACGCGGAAUCUAUAUGACACGCUCUCCAACGCCUGCAGAGCAGUGCUCCUCUUCUUCCAAACACACAAAGACACGCGUGUACCAAAGCUCUUCCAGCGUAUUGUGCACUUCUGCUCAAAGCACAUGUCACCGCAAGUGUACAUCACCAUCAACUUUGUGAACGAGGAAGAAAAAGAGGAAAAACCGAGAAAGCGCAAAGGUCCUUCUGCUGCGGACAAGCUGAUUCCAAACGUCGUCUACGCGCUCGAGAUUUACGAGAAAUUCGUCAUUCGGAUUGAGAAGAAGGCGCAUCUGAAUCUGCUGAAGCACAUGAAGCGCAGCACGGCACGCGACUUUCGCAUUUCAGCACAGACCAUGCAAGACAUCAUCUCCAAUGCAACAGCCGAUGAUGAUGAGGAUGAGGAUGAGGGUGCAGCCGAAGACGACGCUGGCGACGAAGGAGAGGAGGAGGAAGACGACGACGACGAUGGUGAUGAUGAGCCUGCAGGCAAAGAAAACACACAACGCGGCAAACGCACGAGCAAAGGCAUUGCAAAGCGCAAACCAACGACAAACCGGGGGCCGGCCUCCAAGACGGCCAAGCGCAACGCACGUUGAUGUUCGAUGUUCGCUUUUCCUUUCUCUCCCCCCCCCCCCCACCUC